AUGACAAAGCACUGGCCGGAGCAGAGCCUCCUGGCACCAGCCGCUCUGUUCCACACUGGAGAUCAUCGCGACCAUCAACUUGACUUCUGCAGAAAUGUGCAGCGGAACCUUCCUUCCAGCGUUGUAGCGCAGCAACCGGCUGAGAUGGCCCCUCAGCAGCCACCCAAUGCGCGCAACGAGCGCUCCAGCGGUGCCACGCCAGCCCACUCAUCAUACCCGGGCUGCAACGACGCCAAUACCAAGCUGCGGGACGCGGCGUGGAGAUCUGAAGGAGAAAAAAGCAGUUCCAGCUGUGGGAAGAAAAAAAACUACCAGAGGUAUCCAAAACCACCCUACUCCUACCUAGCUAUGAUCGCCAUGGUGAUCCAGCGGUCCCCAGAGAAGAAGCUGACCCUCUCAGAGAUCCUGAAGGAGAUCAGUACCCUCUUCCCAUUUUUCAAAGGAAACUACAAAGGGUGGAGAGAUUCUGUGCGACACAACCUGUCCUCGUAUGACUGCUUUGUAAAGGUGCUGAAGGAUCCAGGCAAACCCCAGGGGAAAGGGAACUACUGGGCCGUGGACCUGAACCGUAUUCCUCUGGAGCUUCUAAAGAGGCAGAACACGGCUGUGUCGCGUCAAGAUGAGACCAUCUUUGCCCAGGAUCUGGCUCCAUACAUCCUGCAAGGACACAAGCCUGAAUCUGAGCCGCCUCCUCCUUCGACCGAGUGCGUGACCUCUCUCCCAUCAGGGUCAUCAGGAAAUCCUUCACCGUCACAAGAGGACUUGUUCCGACCCAAACUGGACUCAUCCUUUGCCAUCGAUUCCUUGCUGCACAGCCUGCGGCCUACGAGUGCUUCUGGGGAUGUAGACAGGGACUGUUGGUCUGAAGUGGAGCGCCCUCGGCCUUCGCCACCUCCCCGGCCCCGGUACGCCUCCUCUGCUAGCUCAGUGAGUCCUGCAUCCACCUCGUCCUCUGAUGAGGAAUGGAAAAGUGUGUCCCACAGUGGGAAGCGUGUUCCUCCUGAUGGUGAAACAGCUUCUGAUGCUUAUGAGGAUUACAGACCACCUUUGCAGAAGUCUGCCAGAAGAGAUACUGUUCCCCCUCCAUGGGAGCUACCAACCUCCUACGCCAAAUAUGCUCCCCCCAAUGCAGUUGCCCCCCCUAGUAUGCGGUUUAAUGGAGGCCCCUUAAUGCAGCUGCAUGGCGGACUUCCUCUUUAUAGCUAUAGCAGCUCUCCUGUGGCGCCCACUCACUUCAUAGGUCACUCCUACUGGCCCAUCCUACCUAGCAGGCGAGUCUCUGUUCAACCCCCUCCUCUGCUCAUGGAUCUGGACAACAUGCUGCAGUCUGUACCUCCCAAUAAGAGUGUGUUUGAUGCACUGUUGCCUGCUAAUCAAAACACUUACUCUCAUAAUCAGCUUCAGAGUCAGUACACCCUGCAGAACGGGGCUCCUCUCAACAGGUUUCACCCAUACUGA